UUUCGCAACUUAUCGUCCCCAUCCUGAUAUUCACAAUGGAAGGCGCCGAGCCCGUUGAAUCGCCGCGCAAGCGAUUGAAGACCGACAAUGCAUCUUCCUCCGAGGAAGCCGUGCUCCCAGGCGCUGCUGCGGAGUCCGCGCCGGCCAAGAUCUCCGAAAGCGACGCCCAGGCCAUGAAGGAGUUGGAGGUCGGCAUCACGCACUUCGUGAGAGCCGAUAAUGAAGGGUUCUCGGGUGUUCUGAAGAAGAGGUAUACCGAUUUCCUGGUCAACGAAAUCGUGCCGUCCGGCGAAGUCCUGCAUCUGCGAAAUGUGAUCCUGUCGACCCCGAACGAGAACGAAGAUGGUGCUGCCAAGCCGACGACAGAAGGAGUCGGGGAGAAUAAGGAGGAGGAGAAGCCGGAGCCCGCGGCUGAGGAGGCGCCCAAGGAAAAGAAGCAGUUUGAGCUUUCGGAGGAGGACAAGACGCUGAUGGAGGAGUUGUUCGGCGAACCGUCGACGAAGAAGAUCGUGGGGCUGCACAACCGCGCUCAGAACAACGACCGGGCCCGACCUAGUGAACUCGGCAAGAUCCCUACCGUGGUUGUCGAUGACCGCGAUCUGCGCGUCAAGAUGCAUCAGGCGAUCCGUCGCAUCUUCAAGUCGCAGCUUGAAUCGUCGACCGACGCCGACGGCAUGAUGACCAUCUCGGCGGCGCCGAACAGGAACAAGCGCAGCGCAAAGGCUGGCCCUGCGGGUGCUGGGCGCGACCGUGGCCGCGUCAACUGGGAUGAGCUCGGAGGACCGUAUCUGCAUUUCACCAUCUAUAAGGAGAACAAGGACACCAUGGAGGUUAUCUCCUUUAUCUCUCGCCAACUCAGGAUGAACCCCAAGAGCUUCCAGUUUGCGGGCACCAAGGACCGCCGCGGAGUGACGGUGCAGAGGGCCUGUGCUCACCGCGUGCAAGCCGAACGCCUUACCAAGCUGAAUGCCUGUCUUCGCAAUGCGGUCAUCGGCGACUUCGAGUACCGGCAGCAAGGGCUCGAGCUGGGCGAUCUCAACGGAAACGAGUUCGUCGUCACGCUCCGUGAGUGCGAUAUUCCCGGUCUGGACCUCGAGAACCGCGAGACGGCCGUCGCGAAGGCCUCGGAUCUGGUGGGCUCUGCGUUGUGGAAUCUCCGCGAGCGAGGCUACUUCAACUACUACGGUCUGCAGCGCUUCGGAACGUUUGCGACUCGCACUGACACCGUGGGCGUGAAAAUGCUUCAGAGCGAUUUCAAGGGCGCCGUCGAUGCCAUCCUAGACUACAGCUCCGAGUCCUUGGAGGCCGCCGAAGCCGGCGAAAACGCCACCAGCCUGAUCAGCUCCGACGACAAGGCUCGCGCGAAGGCCAUCCACAUGUUCCGCACGAGUGACAAGUGCACCGAAGCCCUGGACAUCCUGCCCCGGAAAUUCUCCGCCGAAUCCAACCUGAUCCGACACCUCAGUCGCUCGCGCAACGACUGCCGCGGUGCCCUGCAGACCAUCCCGCGGAAUCUGCGACUGAUGUACGUGCACGCCUACCAGUCGCUGGUGUGGAACUUCGCCGCCGGCGAGCGCUGGCGUCUCUACGGCGACAAAGUCGUCGAGGGCGACCUCGUGCUCGUCCACGAACACCGCGACAAAGAAGGCGACGACAACACCGCCUCCAACGUCGACGCCGACGGCGAGGUGAUCAUCGCCCCCGGCGCUGCCGACAGCUCCUUCGUCGACUACACGCGCGCCCGCGCCCUGACGGCCGACGAGGCCGCCAGCGGCAAGUACACCGUCUUCGACGUCGUCCUGCCCCUCCCCGGCUUCGACGUGCUGUACCCCGCCAACGCCAUGACGGAGUGGUACAAGACGUUCAUGGCCAGCGAGCAAGGCGGCGGGCUCGACCCGUUCGAUAUGCGCCGGCAGUGGAAGGACAUCAGUCUUAGCGGAAGCUACCGCAAGCUCCUCAGCCGCAUGGGUCCGGACUUCUCUUGCCAGGUGCACCAGUACUCGCAGGACGACGAGCAGUUCAUCCAGACGGAUCUGCAGAAGCUGCAGCAAGGUCAGGAGGGGGCUGUAGACGCUGCGUCCUCGUCUGGGGAUAAGAUUGCUGUUGUUCUGAAGUUCCAGCUGGGUUCGAGCCAGUACGCGACGAUGGCGUUGCGAGAGUUGAUGAAGGGCAAGGUCAAGGCGUAUAAGCCUGAUUUUUCAGGCCGGGCUUGAGUUAGGGAUAAUGUAUAUAUUAAAAGUAUGAUGGUUAUAUACUUGCAUGGAGACCGAUGUUUCC